GUGCUGCGGGAGCCGGGGCUGCCGGGGCUGCGGGCGCCAUGUCGGGCCGCUCGGUGCGAGCCGAGACCCGCAGCCGCGCCAAGGAUGACAUCAAAAAAGUGAUGGCCGCCAUCGAGCGCGUCCGCAAAUGGGAGAAGAAGUGGGUGACGGUGGGCGACACGUCCCUGCGGAUAUUCAAGUGGGUGCCAGUGGCGGAUAGCAAGGAGAAAGAGAAGUCCAAAUCGAGUGGCAGCGCUGCGCGGGAACCCAAUGGCUUCCCGGCCGACACGUCUGCCAACUCCUCUCUCCUGCUGGAGUUCCAGGGUGCUGUUUCUGCAGAUGAGAACAGUAACCAGAGCUCCUUGUCAGACGUCUACCAGCUCAAGGUGGACAGCAGCCCCAACUCCAGCCCCAGUCCCCAGCAGAGCGAGUCCAUGAGCCCUGCUCACACGUCCGACUUCCGCACGGAUGACUCGCAGCCGCCCACGCUGGGGCAGGAGGCACUGGAAGAGCCCUCCCUGCCUUCCUCAGAAGUGGCAGACGAGCCUCCCACUCUCACUAAGGAAGAGCCAGUCCCCCUUGAGACUCAGGUAACUGAAGAGGAGGAGGACUCGGGCGCGCCGCCUCUGAAGAGAUUUUGUGCCGAUCAGAACUCUGUGUGCCACACGGCCUCGGAGAGCUAGCCUGCCCGUCCCCGGGGACAGCGCCUUCGCCAGCCCCUCGCAGAGCCAGCCUGCCCUUCCCUGGGGACGGGGUGCUUCCCUCCAGCCUGCCUUUUCCCGGGGGACAGGGCAUUCCUGCCGCCUCGUGAGCCAGCCUGCCCUGCCCCGGUGACGGGCGCCUCCGGCUGGAGGCAGCCUGCGUUUCCCCCAGGCGGAUGGUGCUUUGGGCACUUCCUGCCACCGAUAACCUGCAAAUUUGCCUCUAUUUAUUGGGUCCCUCUCUCCCUGCUAAGCUGUACUAUAGUGGCGUGGGGGUCUCUAGCGUGUAGCCUGCAUGUGUGAGGGGACGAGUCCCCGAGGCCCUGGCAGAGGCCGUUUGCCUGCAUCUGGAUCCCCUGCCUACCCUCCCUAGGUGCUGCCCCUGCAAGAGCCGGGUUCCACCUGUGCCAAGUGAUUUGUCUGCUCCUUUGUGGCCUGGAGCGUUUCUGCAGUGGGUGAGAUGUGAGGGAGAGAACAGGAGGGCGGAGAAUGUGGUGGGGAGAGAGCCAAAGGCUGCCCAUGCCGCGGGGCAGGGCUCCCAAGCUGGGACACUGUGCAAUAAGCUGCUAGUUGAAGCCAUUAGUAUUGGAAGCCACA